CCCUUUUUGCUUGAAGUUUUCUCAGUUAAGACUCUGUACUUUGGCAUUUCACAGCUUUCGAGAGUAGAUCGCAGCUGAAGGGAAUGCAGAGAAGGAGAGGAAAUAGAGAGAAAGUGAGAGAGGAAGAGGGGAGAGAGAUUCUGGGGAUCCUGAGGCUUUUACGACCUGUUAGUCACAGUUCUCCAGAGAAUAGUUGAAAUCGUAGAAAGACAGAUACUGAGAACCUAGAGACCUGGAACCUUCAUCUACAGGCAUCUAUUCAGGGCAGCUCCAACUUGAAAUGAACGGGGAAAUGAAACGGGGAGAAAAGCUGGAGCAAAACAGACUGGAUUAAGAAAAUACAAUUUAUGCUAAAAACAGAACUACAAAUCUGAAAGAGAAUGAAUGAGGGGGAGAGAAUGUGCCACACAUGAAUGUGCCGCACAAGCACAUUCACAAAGAGUGAAGAGAAACAACAUCUACAAUGGUCACAAUUCACUGGGACUAAGGAAGAGGGAAACCGAUGCUAUGACAACCAACUUCCCUGCCAACGUCACAUUCUUUCCCUUUCCCAAGUCCUCCCACUCACUCAUCGCCACGGAGACUACCUUCAAGAACCUCUUGACCGCCACAACCCCCGACCCCAGGGAACACUGUCAACUUGACGACAGCUCCCUUCAGAUCCCUCUAGCAGUCCUCUACUCUGUCCUAUUCGUCUUAGGCCUGGCCGGCAACAUACUGGCUCUCUGGGUCUUUCUAUACGUCCACUCCAAGAAGAACUCUGUCCGAGUAUUCCUCAUCAACGUAGCGUUAGCCGACCUGCUACUGGUCAUCUGUCUCCCAUUCAGAGUCCUCUACCACAGUAAAGGGAACCACUGGGACAUGGGCCCAACCCUCUGUAAGGUUGUGGGAAACCUCUUUUAUAUGAACAUGUAUAUCAGUAUCACCUUAUUAGGGUUGAUCAGUGUGGAUCGCUAUCUGAAGAUCCAGCGUAGCGUCCUGUGGCAGUAUCGCCGCCAGGCCACCAGAUGGAGCUCCACCGUCUGUGGGACCAUCUGGAUCCUGGCCCUCGCCUCCGUCAUACCCAUGAUCCUCCUCUCCGAGGGCAAUGAGGAGUUGAACAAGUGUUUCCAGUAUAAACAGCGAAAGCAUGCGCAGGGGAAGGCCUAUUUUAACCUCUUCCUGGUUGCUGUGUUCUGGUUUGUGUUUGUCUGCCUUGUGGUGUCUUAUGGGAAAAUUGCACUCAAGCUGCUGAGGGCGUCGAGAGAUAAACCGGACCUCCCCAACGCGACCCGCUACAACCGUACUGCCAGGAAGUCCUUCUUCGUCCUCUUUCUGUUUACCAUCUGCUUCGUCCCCUAUCACAUGGUCCGGGUGUUCUACGUCGUCUCCCAGAUCAGCGAAACUUCCUGCUUCUGGAGGGGUGUGGUAGACCAAGCCAACGAAGUGGUGUUGCUACUCUCUGCCCUCAACAGCUGCCUAGACCCCAUGAUGUACUUCCUGUUGUCGGAGUCCGUGAGGAAAGAGACACUCCGAUUGGUCAAUAAGAUGUUCCGACUGAGUGCCUCGGGUGGCAGUGGGAGUGGCUCCAGUGUGGAUUGUGGGAGGAGCCUUGAGGAGCAGCCAAACGUUAGUUUCAUCAGUAAUCUGAGGAGAAAAAUAACUGUCCAGCCCUCCCUCCUUCAGAUAUAAAUAAGAUGAAGUUGUCACUAGACACUGAUCCGAGGUCAGUUUUGGACUUUGUUGGGCCACAAAAUAGCAGCAAAGUCCAUCCUCCUUCAGGUAUCAGGACCAGCCAGCAUAAGCCAUUUUGUGCCAAGAACAACUUGAAGAGGGACAGUCCGGGAGAGCAUGAACACGACUCCAUGGAAUUGGGGCAUUAACUAUUAGAGUCUUUAUCAUAAAGGAAGCAUUAGCAUCCAGUCAGAUGACAGUUUUUGCAGGGUAUAUGUCAUGUUAAAGGACUGCACAGACAUUGAGAGGACCAUACAGACACCACAGUGACAUUACUGAGAGCAUAAUGGGACUUUUAUAAAUGAAGAAAUUGAAUCACUUGGUCAUGACAAGCAUUUUUUCAAGCUUUUUGCCUGUUUCAAUGUUUCAUAUAUUGCCUGUGAGAGAGAGAGAGAGAGAGAGAGAAAGAGAGAGAGAGAGAGAGAGAGAGAGAGAGAGAGAGAGAGAGAGAGAGAGAGAGAGAGAGAGAGAGAGAGAGAGAGAGAGAGAGAGAGAGAGAGAGAGAGAGAGAGAGAGAGAGAGAGAGAGAGAGAAUGCUAUAGUGGUUCCUCAUUAUAUCAUUAUUUUAUUAACAAAAUGUGUUUCUUUGUUUUUUAGGCUACUGUACAGUCUACAAUACAUACUGUAGUAAACAUGGGAAAGUGUCUAAUUCCUUACAUAAGGGAGAGCAGGCCAUGUCUGUACUACAGAAUGCAGGGCACGCAGGAGACCGGUGUUAUUUCAUAGUUGUGAUGUCUUCACUAUUAUUCUACAAUGUUGAAAAUAGUAAAAAUAAAGAAAAAUCCUGUAA